UACCACAAUAAGGGAGCGAGUUUGCUGUGAUGGGAAUGUCUAUCUUUGUAAAUUUAUGACGGGAUUACUGUAUACUUUAGUGCGAGGGGGAGAGCUGCACUCUCCUCCUGCUGAAUGCGCUAGACAGCAGUGGGACUCCAGUUGGCUGUGCGCGCUCAGACGCAAGCAUCCCACUGGCUGGAGUUGGAGGACACUCGCCCGUUUCUCUGCCACCGCUGCUCUGAUCCUUCGUCUCUUGUCUCCCUGCGGCGAGAAGACCACCCGCACGGGGAAGGAAAGAAAGAAAUAUCUGUGUCUUUUUUUUCUUUUCUUUUUUUUAAAUAUAGACUAUUAAGAGUCAGAGAAACUGUGCUGAAUCGGCACUGGACACUUUUUUUUUCCGAGGGGAGGUAAUUUCUCGUAUGAAGCGAGCUGGAUCUGUACAACGGAGCGCGCACUGCUACGUCUUUUCAAUGGAUUUUAAUACAGUGGAAGUACCCUGGGAAUUAAACUAAGUCGCUUUUAGUUCGCAAAUUCUCGUUCCAACAAGGGUUUAUGUUUCACAUGGAGGGGAAGACGAUGAUCCUCACAGUGCUGUAUGUCCUCCUGCCUCUUUUAGAUGUGUUGUCUUAUGCUGAGGAGAACCUGCGUGCUGGCGCCACCCGGCUGGACUGUGUGAGAGCCAGUGAGCAGUGCCUGAAGGAGCAGGCGUGCAGCACCAAGUACCGCACGAUGAGGCAGUGCGUGGCCGGCGGCAAAGAGAGCAACUUCAGCAUGGUGGCCGGCCUGGAGGCCAAAGACGAGUGCCGGAGCGCCAUGGACGCGCUCAAACAGAGCCCGCUGUACAACUGCCGAUGUAAAAGGGGGAUGAAGAAAGAGAAGAACUGCCUGCGCAUUUACUGGGGGAUCUAUCAGACAUUACAAGGUAAUGAUUUCUUGGAGGAUUCCCCAUAUGAGCCUGUGAACAGCCGUCUAUCUGACAUUUUCCGCCUGGCUCCCAUCAUCGAGGGUGGGGAACCUUGGAGCAGCUCCGCCACUUCCGCUCCAGGAAGGGGGGGCGACCAGGGCAGGGUAUCCCAGGGCAGAGAGCCCGCUCUGGGCAGAGGGAACCCCUCCUCAACGGAACUUCAGGAUCCCAGUAGAAACAGGAGAGCUCAUCCCAAUUGGGCCAUACUGGGUGAGCCUGCAGUGGCCAGAGAGAAUAACUGUCUGAACGCUGCCAAGGCCUGCAACCUGAAUGACACGUGCAAGAAGUACCGCUCAUCCUAUAUCAGUCCCUGCACCAGCCGCGUCUCCACUGCUGAAGUCUGCAACAAGAGGAAGUGCCACAAGGCCCUGCGGCAGUUCUUUGACAAGGUUCCUCCGAAGCACAGCUAUGGCAUGCUGUUCUGCUCGUGCCCGCUCAGCGACCAAACAGCAUGUUCUGAACGCAGGCGUCAGACCAUAGUCCCUGUCUGCUCGUACGAAGAAAAGCAAAAACCCAACUGUCUUGAACUGCAGGCCUCCUGCAAGACCAACUACAUCUGCAGAUCACGUCUGGCUGACUUCUUUGCCAACUGCCAGCCGGAGCCUCGCUCGUUGUCAGGCUGCCUGAAGGAGAACUACGCAGACUGUCUGCUGGCGUACUCGGGUCUGAUUGGUACGGUGAUGACGCCCAACUAUCUGCGCUCACCCAAGAUCAGCGUGUCUCCCUACUGCGACUGCAGCAACAGUGGCAACAACAAGGACGAGUGUGACAAGUUCACAGAGUUUUUCACAGAGAACACCUGCCUCCGUAACGCCAUCCAGGCCUUCGGGAACGGGACAGAUGUCGGGAUGUGGCAGCCGAUGUCCCCCGUCCAGACCACCACCUCCACCACCACGCCCUACCAGAGGAACCGCGAACGCAACCCCAACACCAUCGACAACCACAUCAACACAGACCCUGGCAUCUACCACUUCUGUGGCAGUCUACAGGCUCAGAAAUUGAAGUCAAACUCAACUGUUGAUGGCGUCUUAUGUGUGGACCCUCAGAUAGAUGGUCCAAGCACAUCCAACGCCAUUCUGAGAAACUCAGCUGCGUCCAGACGGCCUGCAGGUCUGGUCUCUCUGCUGCCCCCGCUGCUGUGGCUGUGGUACUGCAUCCUGCCAGCGCUGUCCUCGCCGGGCGUCUUGUAGCCUCACCGCUUUACAGCAACAAACUACAACGGACUGACAAACACACAUUUGUAUAAAAGAAAAAGCAAAACAAGAAAUUAUAUCCUUUCUUCUCAGUAAUACCUGUUGUACUUUUAUUUCCCUCUGGAUUCUAUCUCUCUCUUUUGAUUCCUACUUUGGUUUUUUUAAUGAAUUUUUGGGAAGCUUUGUUUUAUGUUGUUUUUUUUGGGUUUUUUUGCAUUGCAGCUGUGUGCUAAACAGUGAUCUACUUUAUGUGUUAACUCAGUUUGGCCGUGUGUUCCCUUUGGGUUAGUUGAGAAAAAAAAAGGGAUUUAAAGCUUCUGUGUUGCUUGAUUGGGCAGAAAUGAGAAAACACUCGAGGACCACAUUCCACUAAUACAACAACAGUACACACAAUGUAAAUUAGCAUCGAUUUUUGGAGUCGCCAAAUCAGUUUUCACUCACGUCUGUUUGUGUGUUGAGGCUAUAGGUGGGAUCUUUUGCUUAAAAGUCACAGUCAGUUCAGUAACGGCUACAUUUUAUCACUUGGGCAGCCUUUUAGGUGUUAUUCAGUCUCCUCUGUGGUUUGUGUAUGUUUUAAUGACGUGAUCUGGUAUUUUACAUUUUUAUUAGCUGAAUGAAAAGUUCAUCUGGAUAAUUUACCUGACAAAAUGUCACCUGAGAGCCUAGUUAACACCAAUAACCUAAACAUCAGAAAGCAAUGUGCGCCCAAACUGUCUUUACCGUAGCUCACACUGAACACACAUCGCCGCUGGCAAAAGCACACAGGCGAAGACCCACAAACACAUACUGCACAUAUUCACACAUUCAGACAGAAACACACAGCAACACACACACAGCGCCAGGCUUUCUGCUCCCUUUUUUUACACCUUGUUUUGCCAAGAGAGUGAUACUCAGAGAUCACAGAACGGUAGAUUAUACGCUGCUGUGGAUGGCUGAAUCCACUCGACUCAUUAGUGAUUGUACAUACUUGUAAUUGUUAAAAGUCCAAGCCAUGUUCAGUGUUUCUCUAUGGAAGCUGACAGAGAAGCUGCUGCAGUUUCACCUGAAUGAUUUUUUGGAGUUUUGAUGUACUUUUGCUGCACUGCGUCCACAAAAACAAGAGCUGAGGACAAAAAAAAAAAAAAUAGGCUAAUUGUUGUAGAGUAUAUUCAACAGUAACUCAUGCCUCCAUUGCUCCAAAGCUCAAAGUAUCCUUUUUCUGUCACUUCAGUGUUACAACUUAUUGCCUCAAUUGUGAAACUGUCAAAUAUGUUGGAGGAGGAGGCAAACUCUUCAAAUUGACCGUUUGCUAAGCCCCGUCACCCUUAGUUACUGCUGCUACACCUGUCAAGCUUUGCAUGCUAGUGCAAGACACAGUUUUGGAAGAAUUGGCCUUUAAUUUCAGACAGAAGUACACAAAAGUAGGCUUCUCAAUUUUAGCUGGUGACCGUCCAUUUUGUUGGCUAAAAUGACAACAUUUUAUCAGCUGUAGCUAGCCAGCUAAUUAAUAGAGUGCUGUGUGCUGGCUAUAAAACUUAUCCAGAUUACUUUUAUGAUGUUUCCAGCUCAAGUUGUUUUGUUUUUAAUCUGCAAUUUAUGGCUUUAUGUAGGAUAUCUUGCUAACUCCGCACUGAAAUAUGAACUAAAGCUAAUACUGUAGGUCCCACACAAAAAGUCACCAGUUGAUGAUCCAUGUAGAAGGAAAUAAAGGAACAACAUUGUUGUAUUGCAGGAUAGAGCUAAUUAGCCCUACAGCAUUAUCAGAAAAAUGUAAGAUUAGACUGUUAGUUUGUUCUAAUAUAACUCUGCCUUUAUAUAGAAAGACAUACUUGGACAAGCAACACAAAUGAGAGAGAAAAUAAAUGGCUUUAAGGAUGAUUAACUGAUGAGUUAGUAUCUUGAGUAAACCCAACAAAGAGCUGGACAGAGCCGCUAACGUUACCCUAAACUCUGGUAAGGUAACUCCAGCUCACAAUCAGUGGAUGUACUGGUCCCAAACUGGGCUUUUGCUUUUUCUAAAUGUUACCUAGAAUCCCACAAAAUAAGUUAGAUUGCUAAUAAUACAUACUACUACUGUAAGUAGUAAACU